UAACAUAUUAUUUUUAGGCAGUCACGAAUACAAAAAAAUGAAUACGUGAUUUUCCAAGUAAAGGUGGGCUCGAAACGCGAGCGGAACCUUUACACUUUGGUUACAUUGUUUCUUGAUGUACUGUUUAUGCUGGUGCGCUGCAGAGGCGCUUUGCAUUUGAAAGAAAUAUGGGGUCACAUGAAAUUCACACGUUUUAAUGAGUUUUCCGAAUGCUUAAGUUGAGGAAUACAAAUAUGUACAUUGAUCUUUAGUUAACGACACAGCUACAGAAUGCUAGUGAGUUACAGCAGCAGUUCCGACGAUGAAAGUGAUUGUUUCACAGCUCAAAGAAAACGAUCAAGCAACAUUACCUGCCAGGGUGAUGACGGCGACGGCGCGCGCUUCAACAAGAGGAGUAAACUCGAAGCUGGAAACAGCGAUAAAGGUGAUAAUCAAAACAAUGAAGUCCUAGAACUACCACCUGAUAGUGAUGGAAAGCACGGCCGCCUACCCGUGCCCGAUACAGUGCUUCAUAUGUUUGGCGAGGAGCAGUGGGUCGAUGAUAGCGGCAAACACCGAGGACGGGUCCGGUCGUUCCAGCAUGAGCGGGGGAAUUGGGCCACAUACGUUUUCCUGCCUUGCACGCCUGACGAGGUGUUUUCGGAACUACUGGACGAGCUGACAGACCUGGCUGCGUCUAUGGACGUGGCUCUCACGCGUGCUGAAGAGCUCCACAUCAGCCUGUCCCAAACAGUGGUGCUCAGACAUCACUGGAUUCAGCCAUUUGUGGAGUCCCUCAAGAGCAGUCUGGCUGCUAUUCAGGGGUUCGUCUGUUUGGCAUCAAAAUUAAAUGUGUACACAAACAGCGAGAAGAGCAGGACAUUUCUGGGGUUAGAAGUCUCUACCGGACACUCUCAGCUAACACAGCUGACUAAAGUGAUAGACAAAACCAUGGAGGAGUUCCGUCUUUCAACGUUUUACAAGAACCCGUCAUUCCAUGUGAGCCUGGGCUGGUGCGUCGGAGACCGGGCUGACCAGCUCAGGUCAGAUUGUUUACCACAGCUUCAGAACCUUCUGGAUAACCACGAGGAUGGACCGUACCAGCUACGGCUUCCCUGCCAACAGCUGCGCUGCAAGACUGGAAACAAAGUCUUCUCUCUUCCUUUGCACUGACCCUGAACUACACCUUGAACUACAGAUAAGCCUCUAUUGUUACACAAGUAAAUUAUGUAUUUUUUAAGUAGAUGAAUAAAGCACUUGUGCACUUGUAUUUCUAUCAAUGA